AUGUAAAAGAAGGAUGAAAAUUUAGCGCCACAAGGGAUAUAUAACAUACUUAGCGGCUUAUGUCAGGUUUACGGAAAAGAAUGCAUCGGUCUAUACAGAGACGACGGACUUGCUACUUUUGAACACACCUCAGGACCACGAGCAGAAAGAGAUUUUAAAUCCCCUGAUGUGUGGGCAACCACGAAACAGGUUUAGUCAAAGAGUUAAGAAAGAACUUGAUUCUAACCCCAGCCUGCAAUAAUUUAAUUUAUUAAAAAUGGCCACUGCUCUUAGACCAGACGCUGUGCUAUGUCCUUCAAAAGGGCGAGAUAAUUUUCAACGGAUGGCUCGGCUUUUAAUAGGUGGAGGUACUGUGCUAUUGAGGGAGGUUUUUGACAACAAAUGUCCACCGAGUAAUCUUCCAGCAAUCCUGAAGAACCCAGCUACAAAGAAGCUACUCAAGGCUGCAAAGCUCACCAAACCACAAUGGGAGUGUUUGUACCCAUCCCCAGGGGUGUAUGGAAAGUCAACAGACUUUGAUAUAACUCUUCUCUUUCGGUUGCUGAGAACAAUUUGCAGCCUCACCCCUCCAGCCAAAGGUUGGGAUUCUUUACCUUUACCCACAGACCAAAGCUUAGAGGCAGAUUUAGCAAGAAUUAAAUUCUACCAUAAUUCAAUAUAUGGUCAUGUGAAUGAGAAAAUGGAAGUAUCAGAUGAUGAUUUUUUAGUACACUGGAAAGAAAUCAGCGAGGCUCUGGUAAGAAUUGCGGGUCAAGUCAACCCUGUAAAGAAAACAGAAUGGCGGAAGGCUAUUGGUACACUUUUGAAAGAUCCCCUUACUGACAAACACAAGAAACAUGAUGAGGGGGAAUUGCGCAUUUGGUACCAGAGUGAUAUGGAAGUAAAGGAAUGUAUGACAACGAUGAACUCUUCAAUAAAAACUACGGCCCAAGGGGUGCAGCGCUUAAGACAAGAGCUUCAAGAUGAAGCCCAAGGUAUCAAAGAUUAUCUUGGAGAGGAAGUAAAAUCUACAGCCCAAGAAGUGCAGUGCUUAAGGCAGGAACUUCAAGAUGUGGCCCAAAGCAUUAAAGAUCACCUUGGAGGGGAAGUAAAAACUGCAACCCAAGAAGCGCAGAGCUUAAGACAGGAACCUCAAGCCGAGGCCCAGGACAGCAGAGAUCAGCUUGGAGGGGAAUUAAAAACUACAGCCCAAGAGGUGCAGUGCUUAAGAAAGGAACUUCAAGAUGAAGCCCAAGAGAUCAGAGAUCACCUUGGAGGGGAAAUAAAAACUACAGCCCAAGAGGUGCAGUGCUUAAGAAAGGAACUUCAAGAUGAAGCCCAAGACAUCAGAGAUCAACUUGGAGGGGAAGUAAAAACUGCAACCCAGGAGGUGCAAUGCUUAAGACAAGAGCUUCAAGAUGAAGCCCAAAGCACGAGAGAUCAGCUUAGAGGAGAAGAAAAAACAACAGCCCAAGAAGUGCAGUGCUUAAGACAGGAGCUUCAAGAUGAAGCCCAAGGCGAUAGAGAUCAGAGUGGAGUAAGAGUAAAGACCUCAGCCUUAGAAGUGCAGUGCUUAAGACAAGAGCUUCAAGAUGAAACCCAAGACAACAGAGAUCAGCUCGGAGGAGAAGUAAAAACUACAGCCCAAGAAGUGGAGUAUCUAAGACAAGACCUUCAAGAUGGAGCAAAAGAUCCGGAACUGUCAACUUCAUACGUCGUGAACCAAAUCACUCAAAAAUUCAAGCAAUUGCGCCAGUUACGAGAAGACCUGAACAAGACUUUUAUCGAAUGGAUACCAAAGAGAAAACAUACCAGGGAGAAACUGCAAGAGCUUGCGACAAAUUUAAACAAACAUCACACAAAUGUUAACAUAUCAACCAUCACAGGGGCGUCUAUGGGUACCGUAGGAGGGAUCCUAUCGAUAGCGGGCCUCAUCGUUGCACCUUUCACUCUUGGAGACGGGAUUGCGAUCUCACUCGUUGGCGCCGGAAUUGGAGGCGCGGGAGGUCUGGUGAUGUCAGGUUCCAAGGUAACUGAGCUAAUUCUCACAAAAUUAGGAUUGAAAGAGGUUCAAGAGGCCAUUGAUGAGGACAGGGAAGCUUGCACGCAACUGCAAGAAAAGUUGGAAGCUCUCAAGAACUUCAUCUCCACUCUAGCAGAGUUUCUGAAACCUCUUCACAACGAUGCUCAGUUGAGAGGAGAAUUAGAAGGUAGUGGUUUUACAUUCCUUCACCAUCUAACCCCUUCUGAACCCACGACUUCCCCCGGAGAGAGAGUAGAUUUCGGCGCCAGGUUCUUCCGGAUUUUCUUGUCCGCGGCUUCAAUCUCGGCCUCAGCGUACGCUACCACGACGAGAGGUUUGGUGGGGAGCGUGGCAUUGGCGGGAGUACCUGUUGCACAUGUGGCCGGUUCAGCAGUAAGCGCGGCAGUGUUACCUCUGGACAUCGUAUUGCUAGUGAAGUCGUCAGUAGAGCUCAAAAGAGGUUCGACUUCCAAGGCGGUGGAAGACAUCAGGCAGAUCUUAAGUGAGUUAGAAUGCCCAGAGGAGGAAGAAAUUCAACUCAUGGUGGAGAGGUUUAUCGAAGAAAAGUUUACUGAGGCCAAACUGAGGCCUAUAAUAAUGACAAGAGCAAAGCCGAAAACGCCACAGAAAAACCAAAAGAUAAAUUUGUUGUCAAACAAAGAUUAUGUCCGAGUCACGACGAGUUACCGAGUGUUGGGCCGGUUAGAAGAAGACUUGAUUAACGCUUUUAGGCGCUGGAUACCAAGGAGGAAACAUACUAUGGAAAAACUAGAGGAACUAGCGUCCAAAUUACUCGAACACCACAUGAAUGUCAGUAAAUCGACCGUAGCAGGUGCUUCUGCGAGUACCCUAGGAGGAAUCCUAGCGAUAGUGGGCCUGAUUACCACGCUCUUUACUUUUGGAGCCGGGCUUGUGGUCUCCCUCGCUGGCGCCGUAAUCAUAGUCGCAGGAGUCUUGAGGAUGUCUGUUUCCAAAGCAAUCUACAUAACCCUCGCAAAGUUAGGACUGAAGAAAGUUAAGGAAACCAUUGACGAGGACAGGGGAGCCUGCACGCAACUGAAAGGAAAGGUGGACAACCUCGAGAAGUUCAUCUCCGAUCUGAGAGGAAUACAAAACGAGGGUUCUGCGUUUCUUCACAAUCUAGCUCAAAGGGAGUUCACGACUUCAACCGAGGAGAAAGUAGAUUUCUCCGCCAGGUUUUUCUGGGGCUUCUCGUCCACGGCUUCAAUAGGGGCUGGGGCGUUUGCUGCUGCUGGUGGCUUCGCGCGAACCGGGGGUUUGGCGGGAGUGCGCGUGGCCAAUUUAGCUGGAGGAAUUGUUGGCGCCGUGUUGUUACCUUUGGAUAUCUACAUGUUGAUGAAAUCGUCUUUAGAGAUGCAUAAAGGCUGGACUACGCAGGCUGUCCAAGACAUCAAGGGGCUGCUAAGCGAAUUGGAAUGCCCAGAGGAAGAUGAGAUUCAGGGAAUGGUACGGAAAUUCAUCGCCGAGAAGUUUAAGGCCGGAGACCUUUAAGGAUGAGGGUUCAAAUGAAGCACAAAGAAAGUGACCAUCAAAAUUAAGCCGAAACUGUAGCAAUUUAGUACACACGAAACCUGAGUGAAGCGACCUGGUGUACUAAGUAGAAUCCUCCAGAACCUAGGCCAAAGAUGUUUUUUUUUUUUUAUAAAAGCUGUGCACUUAGGUAAAUCGUGUCCAGUUCAGCAAUUUCAAUUUAUUACAAGGAAAAGAGCCGAUUGCUGAGUAACAGCAUUGACUAACUCAUUAGGAUUAGCCGAACGUACAAACCUCAUUUCUAAACAUAUUUUGAUUCAUAUUUUCUUUUAUAGCGAUCCGCCAUGGCAGAGAUUAUAACAAACUCAGCAAAACAUCUCGCUCUUGAUUAUUCAACUUCAAAUGCACAAAUAGGCUGCAGAGUCUAAAACUGGAUUUCCGUUCCGCAUACUCUAGAAAUUUAAGCUUUCAAGGAUAUAAAAAAAGAUAUGCUACUUUGUGAAAUGCUACGAAAUCCGUAAAGACUGGUUUGUCUGUCA